GUUUUCCAUUUUACCCCUAUCACCCCUCUUCGAAGGUCUAAGCCCAAAGUCUCAGUAAAGACCAGCCACACUAUAUACGGGUACUGCUUCACUCUUCGACCACCCACAAAUUCCUACAAUGGCAGCCCCGAAAUCCGUCGCUGUUUUCUUCGCCGUGCUGAAUCUGAUCUCACUUCUGCCGUUUAUCGCGUUCUCAUUCUCCCCCGAUCAACCGACGGAUCGCAAAAUUCUGGUUCUGCUCGACGAUCUAUCCCUCAAAUCGUCGCAUUCCAUUUUCUUCAACACGCUCCAAUCUCGCGGAUUCGACCUAGAUUUCAAGCUCGCCGACGAUCCCUCCAUCGCCGUCAAGCGAUACGGCCAGUACUUGUACGAUGGCCUCGUUCUCUUCUCUCCUUCUGCCGAUCGGUUUGGUGGGUCGUUGAAUAUUGAGGGGGUUUUGGAUUUCGUUGACUCGGGGCAUGACUUGAUUUUGGCCGGGGAUUCAAAUGCAUCUGAUUUGAUCCGUAACAUUGCUGCUGAAUGCGGCGUCGAAUUUGAUGAGGAUACCUCUGCAAUGGUCAUUGAUCAUGCUGGUUAUGCUGUCUCAGAAACUGAGGGAGACCAUACAUUGAUUGCUUCCGAUGAGUUUAUUCAAUCUGAUGUUAUCCUGGGAAGUAAAAAGCUCGAGGCCCCUGUGCUUUUCAAAGGAAUUGGGCAUUCAUUGAACCCCGAAAAUAGCUUGGUCUUGAAGGUUCUUUCUGCAUCCUCAUCUGCUUAUUCUGCUAAUCCAACUUCAAAGUUGUCGAACCCACCAUCCCUUACUGGCACAUCUAUCUCAUUAGUUUCAGUCGUACAGGCUAGGAAUAAUGCAAGAAUUAUGAUCUCUGGAUCGUUGGGCCUGUUUAGCAACAGGUUAUUCAGAUCAGGAGUGCAGAAGAUUGGGAGCCUGAAUAAAUAUGAAAAAUCUGGCAAUGAGCAAUUUGUCACUGAACUUAGCAAAUGGAUCUUCCAUGAAAGAGGUCAUCUGAAGGCUGUCCACCUGAAACACAACAAGAUUGGCGAAACAGAAGAGCCUUCAAUUUACAGGAUCAACGAUGACCUGGAAUUUUCUGUAGAAAUAUUUGAAUGGUCUGGCACUAGUUGGGUACCAUAUGUUGCGAAUGACGUUCAAGUGCAAUUCUACAUGAUGAGCCCCUAUGUCUUGAAAACGUUAUCAACCAAUCAAAAGGGGCUUUAUCACACUUCAUUUAAGGUACCAGAUGUUUACGGGGUUUUCCAGUUUAAGAUCGAGUAUCAGAGGCUCGGAUACACUACCUUAUCUCUGUCAAAACAGGUAAACAUUCAUUCCUGUGUUAGUUUUCACAAAUUUUGUUAGCCGAGCCAAUGGAUA